AUGUUGGAUUCCCAGCUCACACCUUGUGAAUUAGUCGAUAGCACCGUGCCAACAGAUGUCUCAACCUUGGAUUCACAACCUAAAAUAAAAAACGAAGUGUUUUCCUUAGAUCCAAAGCACGACCAUUUAACCACUGAUAUUUACGCCUCAAAUCUGAGCAACGCGAUCCUCCUUUGUGAUUCGAUAAACAAGAACCCCACAACAUCUCCUCCCCUAGUUUCCCAAACCCUAUCCCCUAUUAAAAACAAAACUAACAUAGGUAAGGUACACAAUUUCGCCAGUAUCUGUCCCGGUGGAUUUUCAGGGACUUCGGGAUUCCUCCAUUCCUCCUCCUCUUGUUUUACUGAGCUUCAGAUCCCACCCGGUACCGCGGCUUUGUUACGGAAGAGCCUAGAUGCCCAACACCUCGCACGACAGGCCUUUGAGCUCCACGUCACCGAGAGCGAUGCGGAGGAGGGAGGACGGCGGCUUUGCGUGGAACUCCUCCUCCUGCAGCAGGCCCGCCGCGCCACGCUGAUCGACGUCGAGCAAGUUGCCCUCCAGCAAAGCGCGCGCUUCCUGGAAGAGAUCGCGAUUGCCGUGCGCGAGCGGCGGACCUCACUCGUGCCCGACGGCUAUCAGGCAUUUCUUUUUCCCAAUGGGGACGUCUACGAGGGGAACUGGAAGAACUGCCUGUUACACGGUAAGGGCAGCCUCAUCCGGGCCGCGACGCGGGAGGUCUACGAAGGGCAAUGGUUUCUUGGCCACCGCUGUGGCACGGGCACCUUGAGCUCACCAGGCUAUCGAACGAUCUACAGCGGGGCCUGGCUCGAUAACAAGCGCCACGGCCGAGGCGAGCUGGUCGAGCCGGAAGGGAUCUACGUCGGGGAGUUUAUUAACAAUCACCUGAGCGGGUAUGGGGAGUACACCUAUUAUGACGGGCGGGUGUAUAGAGGGCAUUGGCGGGAUGGGCUCUUCGAGGGGAAUGGGGUCUAUAUUUGCCGGAGUGGAAGUCGGUAUGAGGGGGGCUGGAGUGCUGGAUAUGAGAACGGACGGGGUACAAAAUUUUUCUUUAACGGCGAUAUUUAUAUUGGAGAUUGGGUGAAAGGGCGGCGACAUGGGUAUGGGAUUUAUAAAAGUCCUUUUUUCCAUUAUGAGGGGUCAUGGGCGUAUGAUAACAUGUGUGGGAGCGGGGUUUGCGUGUUUGAGGAUAAGAGCUCGUAUAACGGACAGUGGGAUCGCGGGCUUUUUCACGGGAAAGGUUGCUUUAGAGCCUCACCAGAGGCGGGUGGCGCGACUUACUUUGGGGAGUUCGUGCAUGGUAAGCGGCAUGGUCGUGGUAAAUUUGUCAAAUCGAGCGGUGCUACAAUUGUUGAAUACGAUGGCGAAUGGUGGGAGGAUGAAAAGGAUGGAGUUGGCUUUUUAAAAGGCAGCGGGUGCGGGGUGUAUGAUGGCGUUUGGUCCCAUGGAGAGCCGGUCGGAGAUGGGGGUGAUAGCAUGAAUGAUGAUUUUAACUACCUCCCCUCCUCCAACAAUUCAAAUCCUUCUUAUGAUUUUCGAGAGGGAAAAAAACAAGGUUCGAUGACAUCAGCAGCGACAGUCGGAAAUCGAUUUCAAUGUAUCACCAUUAGUAACGCUUAUAAACUUAGGUUGAACUUAUCAAGUAGUUAG